CAUUUGUCUGACAACAAUGAAGUUCCUACUGGUUUUUGAUUUUGACCAUACAAUUGUAGAUGAAAACAGUGACACCUGGAUUGUGAAAUGUGCACCUGAUGCAAAAAUUCCUGGUGAAAUAAGAAACUCCUAUCAGACAGGAUACUGGACAAAAUAUAUGGGCAGAGUUUUCAGAUUCCUGGGAGACAGCGGAAUAAAGGAAGAGGAGAUGAAAAGGACUAUGACAACAAUACCUUUCACAGAAGGAAUGAAAGAUCUCCUAGAGUUUGUCGGCAAACACAAAGACUCUUUCGAUUCCAUAAUUAUAUCAGAUUCCAAUGCAAUAUUUAUUGAUUGGAUUUUAAACGCUGCUAAUUUCCGUCAAGUAUUUAAUGAAGUGUUUACAAAUCCUGCAAGUUUUGAUGGAUGUGGCUAUCUUACGGUGGAGAAUUUUCAUGUUCACAAUUGUGCACAAUGCCCCGUAAACCUCUGCAAGAGGAAAGUCUUAGAAGAAUUCUUAGAAAACCCUUCAAAGCAGAGGAUGAAAUACUCCCAAAUUUUAUAUAUAGGCGAUGGUGGAAAUGAUCUGUGCCCAGUAAUGUGCUUAAAAAAGGAUGAUGUUGUUAUGCCAAGGCAUGGAUAUAGGUUACAGAAAAUGGUUUCUCAGUUGUCUCAGGAUGUUGUUCCUUUGGAAGCAUCAGUUGUCACUUGGUCAUCUGGUAUUGAGAUAUUGGCCUAUUUAGAAUUGCUUAUAAAAUGA